UUCCAACCUGGCAACACAGCAGCACCCAUCAUACAGCAGCAUUUCUCUUGAAGUCAUCAUUUAAAACCUAUGCUGCCUUAUUGUUUUAUUUCACCUGAUCUCUACAACUGGUCCACAUUUUGUGAGGAACUCCUGAUAUCUCAACAGAGUGAACACAGUUUCGCUGAGAGUCCAUUGAGCCUGGUAUGGUUUUGCUUCUUCACCCAGGUGAGAGGAAGAUGACCCAUGUAACAAAAUCAACAACAGGCAGCGAUAGCACCAUGGAGAGCAGUCCAUCUGGAGACGUUCGAGUGAUCUCAGAGGAGAAUGAGGGAUUGAGUAUUGUAACUCCACAAUUAUCCCCCAGCAGCUACAAACAGAGGAGUGAGGAGUUCAGGAAGACUUUCAAAGAACUGUCUGAGUCGGAAAGACUUAUAGUGGACUACAACUGUGCUCUGCAGAAAGAAAUUUUACUCCAAGGACGCUUAUUCCUCACAGAGAAUUGGCUCUGUUUCUACAGUAAUGUUUUCUGGGGAACAAAGAUUAUGGUGAAUAUGAAAGAUAUUGCAUCUAUGUCGAGGGAGAAGACAGCUCGACUGAUACCAAAUGCCAUUCAGAUCAUUCAGAACAAUACAGAAAAGCUCUUCUUCACAUCUUUUUCUGCAAGGGAGAAAAGUUACCAGACCAUUUUUCGUGUAUGGCAGAAUUUUCUGAUGGAGAAGCAAUUGACCAGGCAGGAGCUGUGGCAGAUGGUCAGACAGCAUUAUGGCAAUGACUUGGGUUUGAGCCAGGAAGAGAUGGAUAGUAUGCAGAUGAUGGUAGACACAGUUGCACAUAACCAGCCCAGCUUGAACAUGAAAGCAGAGGAUGUAAAAUUAGAGAGACCUUCCUCCCUACGACUUCCUCAGAUAGAGCAGUCUUCACAUGAGACCUCGACACCACAGGGAGACGACACGCAGUCGUCAGUAGGACUGCAGAGCACGCUAUCUCCAAAUGGGGAUGAUGUGCGGAGCACACCGUCGCAGCCACGCAGUCCUAAUCUUUCCCUGGACCGCUUCAGCAAUGAACAAGUGUCCAAGCGCUCUUCUCUGUCCUUGGAUCUGAAUGCCAAUGAGGACCGACUCUCAGAUAAUAGCCUGUCUGAUAGCAUGGAGGAGGGUGAGAGGCCCAUGGAAAGAGAGUGUGGGUCCCAGGCGUCUCAGGGAAGGCUGUAUAUGAACAGAGUGUUCCGUUUCAGUGCUGAGAAAAUGUUUGAGCUGCUUUUCACUGAUUCAUAUUUUUCCCGGCGGUUUAUGGAUGCCAGGAAGAUCACUGGUGCAACCUCUUCGUCUUGGCAAAGGGACGCCUCUGGCUCUAUGAAGAGAAGUUUAAAUUACACCAUCACCAUCACCAACCCACUAGUGGGUAAAUUUUCCACUGCAACAGAAAACCAGACGCUGUAUAAGGAAUCUAGGGAGGGUCAUUACUACUUGGUGGAUUCAGAAGUCUACACACAUGACGUUCCGUACCACGACUACUUCUACACUCUGAAUCGCUACUGCAUCAUACGCAACUCGAAGCGCAAGUGUAGACUUCGGAUUUACACUGAUGUGAAAUACAAGAAGCAGCCAUGGGGAUUUGUUAAGUCUUUUAUUACCAAAAACUCUUGGAGUGGCCUGGAGGACUACUUCAGGCACCUUGAGGCGGAGCUUCUUGAGGAGGAGGCGGAGUUGACCCAAGGGUCCGGCGACGCUGGAAAAGGCGGCUUGCGUAGAAGGCGGAGGACCUUCAGUCGCACCCUGCAGGAGCACAUGAGACCCAGCAGGCAGUACAGUGGAGACCCCGAGCAGCACAGAGAAAGCUCCAUCGGUGCGGCAGACACGAAGAAUACACAGAAGUGGAACAUCACUUCCAUUAUAGCUGGAAUGAGCUUAAUUGUCUGUAUGCUGAUCUCUUCCCAACACUGCAGUGUGAGAUACUACAGCUAUGAUACAGCUCAGGUUUGUAAUUUUAUUUAUAUUUUUUCCAGACUGUUGAUUCUGACCAUACUGAACCUGGGACUGUUUUUUAAGCUAUGGGCCAUGGAGGACGUGGCGCAUCGUAUGUACUUAAGCACAAAGCAGCGAAUGAGGGAAAAAGCUGAGGCCAGUUUGUCACCUGACCUGGGCCCUCGACAGACUACAUUCCCCAGGAGCCAAGAGGAGACGCGCUUACUGAGGGCCGUGCUGCAGGACUCUAUCAACCUUCUAGAACAGUUACGCAACUCUCUCGUGGUGCUUCAGCAGAACUUCCAGGGGCUCAAUAAGACGGCCACUCGGCUAUGAAACGCUGCCUGGUGACCCACGGAGUGCAGGGGAAUUUGGCCCACAAGGCUUUACCCACAUCAGGGGACGUUGCCAUAGGCAACGGUUACCUUAGAGAUGCCUUUUUGCCAUCGGUGUUACUACCUCAGGCCUUCUGCGCUGUGGAUGUUUUUGAGCCAUGUGUGGGUGUGUAGGGAUUUGUGGUGGCACGGGGAGCGGUGCAGGCCCAUUGCUCCUGCAAAUUGUGAGCUCAGGGUACAUUUAAAUUCACAGGUGUUGCCAUUUCCCUUUUGAUUAUAGUGUAAAUGCUUGUAGUCAUCAACCUUAAUUAUUGAAUGUAUCCUAUUUUGGCCUGUUGAUUUGCACAGCAAUUGUUCACACCUCUGUUUAUAACCUCUCUCCAGGGGUGUGUGCGUGUGUGAUUGUGUGCGUGUAUGCGUAUGUGUGAGAGUAAGAAGGUAUAAUAACUAUAGAUAUCAAUAUUUCGUUAUUGCACUGUUAAUCAGGGCAUAACAAAGUUUAAAACGUGUUUUUACCAUGUUGGUAAAUCUGCUAAUGGCUAAAAAGUGAUUUUGCUGUUUCUAGAAAUGCACCUCUGAACACUGUUGAAUGAUGUAUAUUCUGCCUAGUUGUAUAUGACAUAUUGCAGAUGAAUGCAGAAUACAGAUUUUUAGUUUCUAGAUUCUGCAGUGGUGUUUUUUUUUUUUUUUUUUUUUUUUUUUUUUUUUUUUUUUUUAGAUUCUGGAAUAUUUUAUUAAUAAUUAUUAUUUUCUGUGGAGAAAUACGUGUACAGCAAAGUUAUAAAUAAUGUGGAAUGGGUAUGCAUAAUUAUAGAUGAUUUUUAUAUUUUAGCUGUAGGAUGUUUACACUACAUUUUGAUGUAAUUUGUAAUUGUACAGAAGGUUAUAAGGACUCAAAUAGUAGUAAUAACAUUUGCACAACAAAUUCUCCAAAGAUGGUAGAAUUUAAAUGAUUUUGUGGUCAUUUUUUAAUCUGAAAUGGAUGUCAGAGCAUAAGCCAAACCUUGUAAAUCUUUCUCAGGAAAUAAUGCAGUUUUUUUCUCCUAUAUGAACAUUUUAAAUAAAUUGUGUGAUGUAUAUUUAUGCCUUAAAUAAAAGCCAUGUUUGUGGUGA